CGCUCCGACGAUAGAUUGAUAAAUUCCGUUCUUCUCAACUCUUAAGAUUCAAGACGCCUUUUUGGUGGCAACUGGUUGUCGCUAAUCGUUAACCCAAAUCCAUUAACAAUCGAAUUUUAACACGAACGAAGRAGCGUUUGCCGAACUUCAAAACUCAUUAUAUUGUGAUUGUGGAAAAAAAAACAAUGACUCUAUUAAAAACAUUUUGGACACCUAUUAUUGUGUACCCAGAUGUGAAAACUGGUUGUAAAUUUGUAGCAGCAUAUACAAUUGCAAUUUCAAUUUUCUUGAUGGCACUUCUUGUUCAUAUGCAAAAUGGAGGUGAAUCGACACAAAUGUAUAAUCCAUUUUUUGAAGCUAAUUUACGUGGUAAGAAGUAAUCUAAAGGAAAUACU